AUGGGGUCGAUUGAUGACGAUAUUAUCUUAGCAGCUGCAUCAUUUAUAAUUUUGAGUAAAAAAAAGAAACGAAAACAUAAAUAUUGGGUACGACCAAGCCUCAUAGGAAGAAACACACAUGGAGGAAUUGAGUUAAUAAAUGCUUUGAGAAAAGAUGAUUUGUUAGCAGGACGUAUUGAAGACGGACAAAUAAGAAACUUUCUCCGUAUGACUGAUUCCGAUUUUGAGUGGUUGCUCAAUCUUGUUGGACCAAAAAUUACAAAAAAUGACACUAAUUUUAGAAAAGCCAUCACACCUACCGAACGCCUACUAAUUACUUUAAGAUUUUUGGCUACCGGAGAUUCCUACACUUCAUUAAUGCAUUUAUUUAGGAUUUCAAAGCAAGCGAUUUCAAAAAUUGUACCAGAAGUAUGUAUAGCAAUAUGUGAAGUUCUUGGCGAUCAAAUAAAAAUGCCUGGAACUGCUGAAGAGUGGAAAGUAGUGGCAACACAGUUUAAUAAUCUAUGGAAUUUUCCACAAUGUACAGGAGUUAUGGACGGAAAACAUAUUAUGAUUCAAUCACCAGAACACAGUGGAAGCGAUUACUUUAAUUACAAAUCGUUUUUUAGCAUUGUGCUUUUUAUUGUUGCUAAUGCAAAUUACGAAGUGUUGUAUAUGAAUGUUGGCUGCCAGGGACGCAUAUCGGAUGGUGGUGUUUACGAAAAUACCCAGUUCAAAAGAAUGUUGUCCGAAUGUAAACGUAAUCUACCUAAUAAUGAAAAGCUUCCUGGUAGAGCCAUGGCUGUUCCUUAUGUUUUUCUGGGUGACGAUGCUUUUCCAUUGUCACCAAAUUUGAUGAAACCUUAUCCAGGUACCCAAGAAAAAGGAUCACAGGGAAGAAUAUUUAAUUAUAGACUAUCAAGAGCGCGAAGGGUAUCAGAGAAUGUGUUCGGAAUAUUAUCUGCACGAUUUCGAGUUUUCAGAAAAAUAAUGUUACUUGAACCAACGAAAGCGGAGACAAUUGUGACUGCUUGUAUUUGUUUACAUAAUUAUUUAAGAAAAAAAAAUCAAGGACCACCUACACUCCACCUGGAACUUUCGAUUCUGAAGACAAAGACAGUGGUAAUAUUAUUUCUGGAGCUUGGAGGAACGAGAUGCAAAACAAUAUGCCAUUCCAUAGUUUCGAUAAGAGAGCUCGGAAAUCAAGUAGUGCUGCGAAAGAUGUGAGACAAGAAUUUGCAGAGUUUUUUAUGACCGCACAAGGGAACAUUCCUUGGCAAAAUGACUAUUAACAAAUUAUAUAAAGUAACGAAACAAACAGCAAGAAAAUUAAUUAAUGCAUUAAUAAUAUUAAUUUUAUGAAGUUAUUUUAUUUUUUUUAAGUUAGAAGUUAACUAACUUUCUACUAACUGCUAAAUUACUAGAAUAUGAUACGUUAUGAUCCUCUUUCAAUCGUAGUUAUUCAUAGCUUAUAAAUCGUAAAAUAAAUACAAUAUUGUUGCAUA